AUGACUCAAGAGAGACCUAAAAGAAAAGCUACGGCAAAUAAAAAUUACCUGGACUUAAUUCCUGAUGCACUUCUGGAACCACAAGGCUCUCAAGUUUCUCCGUCACUGAAGAAUGACAGUUCCGCCAACAACUCUCCGACAAAGGCAAGUCUGAGCAAUGGAACACAGUCAAGAGGUCGUGCACGAGGAGUAGUAUCCAGAAAUUCUGUCAAUUCCGCAAGCACAUCCACCUCUACGCUGAAGAUAAACCGAAAUGGAACAAAAGUUCCAAUCAACUGGGAACCUCCCGUGUCCCAGGAUGAACAAUUUUCUCACAGGCUAAAUCUCACAGAUGCAUUUGUGGAUCUAGAAAGUCAAACACUCACCUGUCCGAAGCAACUGUUUCUAGAAGUAGUGGGCUCGGAUGGUUCUUAUGAAAGGGAGCUACAGAGGCUCAUAUGGAGUCAUACAGGUGUGAAAAAGGACGUCAAAUCGCUGAACAAGAAGCUGAAGGGACCUUUCCAGCUACGAAAGGGAGAUUAUAUCUACAUGGUGAGUGAGCCACCAGGAGAGCCAUACUACAUUGGUCGUUUGAUGGGCUUCAACAAGAAGGGCAAAGAGGAGACAGAGACUACUGUGGGCGACAUCAAUAGCAAAUACGAGUUUUUGAUUCAAUGGUUUUACAGGCCAAGGGAUAUAUCGAAGAACACCCUGGAUUCCCGUCUCUUGUACGCCUCGAUGCAUAGUGAUACAUGUCCUUUGAGCAGCUUCAGAGGACUCGUUACUGUUAAACACAAGCUGGAAGUUGAAAAUUUUUAUGUUCCCAAACUUUCAGGAAAUGCAGGCGAGUCUUAUUCAGCUGUCGAAUACUACACGUCACUCCCCAAUUGCUUUUAUUUCGACAAGUUAUUUGACAGGUACAUGAUCAAAUUUUAUGAUAUCAUCAAGACUUCCACACUUUUGGAGUGUCUAGAUAAUGAAGCUAACAACAAUAGGAACUACAUUUUGGCUUUGAAUAAGCGCUAUGAGUACGUUUUCAUGGAGGCUACUAGAAUCAAGCCAUUUCUCAAUAACUUCACAUCGACCAUGUCUACGCACUGUAACAUCUGUGCAGAAUGGUGUCCGUCAGCUGAAAGUGUCACCUGUAGUGGCUGUGACAAGCAUUUUCAUAUGCUUUGUCUAGAUCCGCCUCUACUCAAGAAACCAAGCCGUGGGUUCAGUUGGUCGUGUGCAUUGUGCUCAAAGAAGCACGAGCUCGAGCAGCUGAAAAAGAAGCUUGUGAUGCUAUCACAUGACAACAAAACCACUAAUGAGGAUGAGCUCCAAUCGAAGGAGAAAUGGCUUGAGGGAGGGCUUCUUGCACCGCUGGACGGAACAGAAGCAAGAACAAAAAGGAGCCCUGAUGAAAUUUUACCAAAAUAUGAGCUCUGUGCUAUUGACUAUUUGAGAAAUGAUGCUAACCUAACGGUCACUGAACGAAGGCUUCAUGAGGAAUGGAACAUCAGAUAUUUAGGACUCCAUUGUAAAUUGGAAGAUGCAGUUGAUCCUGAUGAUAGGUCACCAUAUCCAAGGGCAAGUACCUCGCUAGGCGCCCGUUAUCAGGCCAGCAAUGUUCCCGAAUGCGAUGGUCAUCCUAUUGUUUAUUACGAUAUCGAGAAGACUGGCAGUGAGAAAUCAAAAAAAGGACCCGGAGGCAAGAAGACAUCCAAGAAAAAGUCUGAUAUCCACUCAGGGAGAGCACUUUCGGUGCCCUUAGAUUACAAGGAGGUGCUGCCUAGGGAUUAUCCUCCGUGGCUCCAACCAAGGCCAAAAGGAUAUAUAGAGCGAGGCUUGGACGAUGAAAAUGAUUCUACGUCCAAACUUCUAUGGAAAUCCUCUGAAUUCGAUAUUGACGAUGAUUUCAAAGAACACGACAAAUUUAUUGCCUCAUGUGCUCCAAUUGCAGAGAAAUUGUCGAUUGAUUCUAACUCUCCAAACUUCAUUGAUGCCAUAGUUCAAAUUUAUAUGAAAAAUGGCGGCAACACAGAUGCUGCCAUCGCUGCUGCCAAGAAACUUACACGCAAGUCUCUCAAAGAACCCACAUUGACUAAAGAAGAGGUGAAAAAAUUUGAAUCAGCUGUUCGUAAACACGGAAGCGAACUUUACCCAGUUUUCAAAGAGGUUAAAACUCAACUGAGUGCCAAUAUUGUUCGGUUCUAUUAUUUGUGGAAGAAAACUAAAAAAGGUCAAGCGAUUUGGGGAAACUAUCCUGGACGUAAGAAAAAAAGCAAGGCUCCUGAAAUGAAAGUGAUAUCUCCGGGGGAUGCAUAUGCUGAUAGUGAUGAUGAUUCCGCCUACGAGAAUGAGAAAAUUGUCAAAUCCAACAAACUAUUCAAUUGCAAGCAUUGCCGACUGUACGUUUCUGAGGCCUGGUUCAAGAUUACUGGUUACGAUGCAAUUGCGAAACAUGAAUCCUUCCCGGAAUUGAUGGACAAACGCAACACCGAUGCAAUUGGAGCUCUCUGUUUUAGAUGCGCAAAGCUUUGGAGACGAUAUGCUGUGUAUUGGGAGGACCCUCUCGAAGUAGAACGAAAGAGCACCAAGGGUAUAGGUGGAUACAAGAGAAAGGUGGAAUCUGAAUUGAUUGCUGACGCUGAAAAGAUUCUCGAGUAUGCUGACAGCUUAGGAGCAAUUUUGUCACCUGAACUAACAAAAAGCAGUAUAGAGUGCAGUGUUAUACAGGGCAGCAUUCAGUCAAGCUCUCGACCAUCCCCUAGAAAUGGGAAGGUAAUUGACGUUGUGUUCAAAGAUCUGACCUUGAAUGAGAGUCCGACUGAGGUGGUUCCGAAACAAGAAAUCUCAAAACGAAUGACUGCCAGACAGUUGGCAUUAUCUGCCAAAGAGGCGACUGCUGAAGCGUCACCAGAGCCGCCCAAGAAAAAGCGCAAGCCCGAAUCAAAAGCAAAGCCGGAACCCAAACCAAAGCCAGAGCCCAAACCAAAGCUCGAAUCAAAGCUGAAGCCUGAACUGAAGCUCAAAGCUGAGCCUAAGGAUGAAUCUAAGAAGAGGGCCUCAAACGCGAAAAAGGAGAAUACUGCCAAAAAGAAGAAAAAGACGCCCGAUAUCAAGGUUGAGACCUCGAUCGAAGAGCCCGAGCUUUCAAAUUUGAAGAGAAAUCCGAAGACGAAAACAAGGAGAAAAGCUGAACGAACGAAAAACACGAAUCCCAUUUUUAAUACAAAGUAUGCGAAGCCUCCAACCGUUCUGGCUCUUUUGUCAUCUAUCUCAUUUGCUCCUAAAUUCUUUCUGACGAUCGCAUUGAAUUUUAGGAUGAACCGAUUAAUGAACUUUUUGCCAAAAGAAGUGGCAGAGAAAAACAAACCGCUCGUUAAAUUUGAUACAGCAUUUCCGAAUGAUAGCAGACCUUGCAGUAUAUGUCUCGAGCCUGACGCUCUGUCAGAAGCCUUGUCGGAAAUGCUUAUUUGCCUGACCUGCGGUGUGAAUGUUCAUGCCUCAUGUACGGGAACUACUAUACUGAAAAAGCAAGCAACUGUCAAGCAAUGGCAAUGUGAAUGUUGCAUUAAUGACAUGAACCCAGUGUUCACUACUCACUAUUCGUGCUGUUUGUGUAUGGCUGAAUGUCAAGAUAAGAACGCCUCGGCGUCUGGACGUCAUGCAAUAUCAGAUUACAUGAUACCUAUUUUAGAAACUGGACAAUGGUGUCAUCUCAUCUGCGCUCUUUUCUCUCAUAAGAAAUUAUCUUUCAAGCAAGUGUCAUCACCCCUGUUUGUUCAAAAAGACAUUGUAAACAGCAGUUGCACAAAAUUGCCUGGACUUUUGGUGGCUGCAAUAUCACCACUAUUCGUACAGAAUCUUGAAACUCAGUGCGGAAUUUGCCUGUUCAGAAACGGAGGACUAAUAGAAUGCCACGAGUGCGCAGAAGAAGGCCAAAAAUAUCACGUAACUUGCGCGCAAGAUACGCCAGGGCUCUUUCUUGGUUUCAAAUUGAGUGCUAACAAACAUGGAGCCAACUCAUUCGUUGAGGGAAAACUGGGACGCUUAGAACCCGUGCUCGUCUGCGAGAAACAUAAGGAGACUUCGCCUGUUCUUGAUAUACGUCAAAUAGGUAAGCGUACAUCAGCAGGAGAGUCGAAACCUCUCAUACAGUUGUAUUUUGAAGACAUUGCAAAGGCAGCUUCCAGUUCUAGAUUGAGUGGGCCUAAAUUGUUAGCGCACAAUUACAUCUCUAUGGUAGAUGACUAUAUCGGGAGAUCCGAAUUACCGCACGAAAACCGAAAAUCCAAAGACAGAACUUGUGAGGGCUGCGGGGUGAUAUCUUCGCCUAUGUGGUGGCCAUUUUCCGGAUCAACUAUGGGAUCGCUCAAAAGUCCAAGUUCGAUUUCGAUCAUGGCGAUGGCAAAGGAUGGUAUGUCUGAAUCGAUCGAUGAGAAGCUGACCUCAACAGAACAGACAAAUUUGCAGCUACCAUCCAACAAUCAAGCCAUUGUAGUAUCUCCAAGCAAAAAUAAAGAUCGCCAGCAAUCAUUUUUGGUAUUUGGAGAUGGCUCUUCCCUUUCUUCAUCUGUGUCAAUGACGAGUCCCAGCAAGACUAAAGACGCACAUCACAGCAACGGUACCGCAACAGCCAGCCCUUCCAAAACGAUUGUCAACGCCGGCACUUUGCCAUUUCCUGAAGAGAAUGCGCUUCAACUGAAAUUGGUUUUGUGUCAAAAGUGCCAUUUUGCAGCCGUUCCAGAUUCGCAGGAGGCUGAGGGAGACACCUUGCUUCGAGAACUCAAUCUUCCACUCGAGUGCCCACAGCUUGGUAUCAGCAGCAUAGCUGAUCGUAUCACCAACGUCUACAAUUCACCAACUGUCUCCACUUAA